UAACACUGCGUGCUGUUGUUUCCUGUAUAAAUAUUAUCAUGGCAAGCAGAUGGAAAAUUCUGCCUCGGAUUGUUGCACAGUCAGGACCCAAACACAGUGCCUCUGUGAUAUGGCUGCAUGGCUCAGGUGACACUGGACCAGGCGUGUUAGAAUGGAUCAACAUGGUCUGGAAAGAGGAGUUUCAAUUCCCACAUAUAAAACUGAUAUAUCCUACUGCAGACCUAAUUCCAUACACUCCAAAUGCCUGCCAACCGUCAACAGUUUGGUUUGACAGGCAACAAAUAUCUCCCAUGGUUCCAGAAAUUUUGUCAUCUGUAGAUGCUUCAGCUGCAAAAUUAAAUGAUUUAGUUCAAAAUGAAGUUGAUUCUGGAAUUCCACUGUCUAGGAUCAUAAUAGGUGGGUUUUCCAUGGGUGGAGGAAUGGCAUUCCACAUGGCAUACAGAUAUCAGAGAGAGGUAGCAGGUUGUUUUGCACUGUCAAGUUUCCUGAAUAAUGAGUCUGUAGUCUACAAGAAGCUUAGAAACGUUGAGGACAGAUCGGCCUUACCGCCAUUACUUCAGUGCCACGGGACCAGGGAUGAACUGGUGUUAUUUGACUGGGGAAAAACGACCUUCAAAACUUUGACAGACUUGGGUGACACUGGGCUAGGCGUGUUGGAAUGGAUCAAGAUGGUCUGGAAAGAAGAGUUUCAAUUCCAACAUAUAACACUGAUAUUUCCUACUGCAGAUCCCAUUCCCUACACUCCUAAUGCUCGCCAACUGACAACGGUUUGGUAUGACAGGCAACAAAUUUCACCCAUGAUUCCAGAAAUUUUGUCAUCUGUAGAUGCUUCAGCUGCAAAAUUAAAUGACUUAGUUCAAAAUGAAGUCGAUUCUGGAAUACCACUGUCUAGGAUCAUAAUAGGUGGGUAUUCCAUGGGUGGAGGAAUGGCAUUCCACAUGGCAUACAGAUAUCGGAGAGAGGUAGCAGGUUGUUUUGCACUGUCAAGUUUCCUGAAUAAUGAUUCUGUAGUUUACAAGGAACUUGAAAAAUUAGAGGACAGAACAGCCUUACCUUCAUUACUUCAGUGCCACGGGACCAGGGAUGAGCUGGUGUUAUUUGACUGGGGAAAAACGACCUUCAAAACUUUGACAGAAUUGGGUGUUUGUGGAGAAUUUCAUGAAUUUAACAUUUUCCAUGAAUUCAACAAGAAAGAAUUACAAAUAUUACAACGAUGGAUACUUGAUAAACUCCCACCAGAUUAAGAUAAAAGUGAUGCUGUGUAUUUUAUAGAUCUCUAUUUUAUUUAUUCGGAUGCUUUGUUUAAAAAAAAAAAGAUUUUACUUUUGUAUACAAUUUAAUAAAAUUUUAGCUAAUCUACAACCUCUGCAAUGAUAGGAACAUUCUAAGUAUUGCAGAGGAAUGUAGAUUAGCUACAAUUUAAAAAUAUUUAUAUUUUUAAAAUAAAAUUUUAUAUUUUUCAUUAUUCAGCAUAAAAAUGUCUAGUAUACAUGCAGAUCUUGAGGGAACCCAAAAUAUAGGGUUUGAAGCCCCACUCCCAGAGCAAACGACAUAUG